UGCUCCGCCCCUUCCGGCCUCGCCGUUCCCGGCGGCGCGCUCCCGGCACGUGGUCGGUGGCAGAGCGGGAUCCCUGAGACCCUUUUCCUGCUCCGGCAGAGGCCGCACCGCCUCGGCUCUCSCAGGAUGGCUCCCCGCGGGAGGAAGCGCGGGGCUCAGAAGCCGGCGGCGACCGAGGCACCGGAGCCAGCGGGAGCCCCGCAGAAGCGGGCGCGGGCCCAGGCCCAGGACGAGAGCAGCCCUGGAGACAGCGGUCCCCGCAUCGUGAUCGAGCACUGCAAGAGCUGACGGGUGUUCGGGCGCAACGCGGCGGCGGUGAGCGCGGCCUUGCGUGAGGCCAUGGCCCACCUMCCCGUGGACAUCAACCCGCAGCCGCCGCGCAGGAACAGCUUCGAGGUGUCCCUGGUGAAGGAGGACGGCAGCACCGUGGAGCUGUGGAGCGGUAUUAAGAAGGGUCCCCCUCGCAAGCUGAAGUUCCCCCAGCCGGAGACUGUAGUGGAAGCCCUGAAGAGCAGCUUGGCAUAGAGGCAUUGGCCAACCAAGCCAGGAUCAGCGCCUGCGGCACGAGCGUCCAUGAAGAGGCGAGACCAAGUGGGGGGCACCUGCCAUCCCCAGUCCCGUCCCUGAUGCUGCAGCUCUGCCUGCCACUGCUGGACCCCUGGCUCCCUCCACACCCC